AUGGAGCAGCUUUUCAACACGGAGAGGUCCACCCGUUUAGUGCAAUUUUCGUUGAGUUUCUGGAGAGGUCGUGUAUGGAUGAGUUUUCAGGUUUACUUCAUUACAAGGAGCUCGGAGAGGCUAAAGUUUGUUAAAUAUCUUAUUCUCGCUACUGCAGGAUAUGAAGGAUACUCUAAUAUCUAUUCAAAUGAUCUUCUUGAUAAUGUGACAAUUGUGAUGAGAUCAAUUCAGAGAGAUUCUAGGCCCUUCCUCAGAAAGGCGUGCUUAACUCUUCUUGCAUUUGUUUCUACUUUAAGAAGUAAUUGCAAUUUGGUUUAG